CGGACAGCGCCGUGAGUCCGUCCCGCGCCUGCGGGCCCCGCCGAGCAGGGGAGCGCCCCGGGAUGCCCCGGCGGCCCGGAGCGCGGGCAGCGGCAGCGGCGGCCGCGCCGUGAGGGCGGCGGCGCCCGCGGGACCCGCGACCGCCAGGAACUGCUCCCACCACCACCAACCCCCAUGGCCUACAUCCCUAGUGGGGGCGCCCCGGCCGCGGGGGUGGCACCCGUGGGCUCUCAGUAUUGCGUGUGCAAGGUGGAGCUGUCAGUGAGUGGCCAGAACCUGCUGGACCGGGAUGUGACCUCCAAGUCUGACCCCUUCUGUGUCCUCUUUACAGAGAGCGACGGCAGGUGGAUUGAGUAUGACAGGACGGAAACCGCGGUCAACAACCUCAACCCCGCGUUCUCCAAGAAGUUCGUCCUUGACUACCACUUCGAGGAAGUGCAGAAGCUCAAGUUCGCCCUGUUCGACCAGGACAAGUCCAGCACACAGCUGGAAGAGCAUGAUUUCCUGGGCCAGUUCUCCUGCAGCCUGGGCACGAUCGUCUCCAGCAAGAAGAUCACUCGGCCUCUGCUGCUGAUGAAUGACAAGCCUGCAGGGAAGGGCUUGAUUACGGUCGCCGCCCAGGAGCUGUCGGACAACCAGGUCAUCACACUGAGUCUGGCGGGCAGGAAGCUGGACAAGAAGGACCUCUUCGGAAAGUCAGACCCAUUUCUUGAGUUUUAUAAACCAGGAGAUGAUGGCAAGUGGAUGCUGGUUCACAGGACUGAGGUGAUCAAGUACACGCUGGACCCUGUGUGGAAACCAUUCACUGUACCAUUGGUAUCCCUGUGUGAUGGGGACGUGGAGAAGCCCAUCCAGGUCAUGUGCUACGACUAUGACAAUGACGGGGGCCAUGACUUCAUCGGCGAGUUCCAGACGUCGGUGUCGCAGAUGUGUGAGGCUCGUGAUGGCGUCCCGCUGGAGUUUGAGUGCAUCAACCCCAAGAAGCAAAGGAAGAAGAAGAACUAUAAAAACUCGGGCAUCAUUAUCCUACGUUCCUGCGAGAUAAACCGGGACUACUCCUUCCUGGACUACAUCCUGGGAGGUUGCCAGCUCAUGUUCACUGUUGGGAUAGACUUCACAGCCUCCAACGGGAAUCCCCUUGACCCUUCCUCUUUGCACUAUAUCAACCCCAUGGGCACCAACGAGUAUCUGUCGGCCAUCUGGGCUGUCGGGCAGAUCAUUCAGGACUACGACAGUGAUAAGAUGUUUCCGGCUCUGGGCUUUGGGGCCCAGUUACCCCCAGACUGGAAGGUCUCCCAUGAGUUUGCCAUCAACUUCAACCCCACCAACCCCUUCUGCUCGGGUGUGGAUGGCAUCGCCCAGGCAUACUCGGCUUGCCUGCCCCAUAUCCGUUUCUAUGGUCCCACCAACUUCUCUCCCAUCGUCAACCACGUGGCGCGGUUUGCGGCCCAGGCCACACAGCAGCAGACGGCCACGCAAUACUUCAUCCUCCUCAUCAUCACGGAUGGCGUCAUCAGUGACAUGGAGGAGACGCGGCACGCCGUGGUGCAGGCUUCCAAGCUGCCCAUGUCCAUCAUCAUCGUGGGCGUGGGCAACGCCGACUUUGCCGCCAUGGAGUUCCUGGACGGGGACAGCCGCACACUGCGCUCGCACACCGGGGAGGAGGCAGCCCGUGAUAUCGUGCAGUUCGUGCCCUUCCGAGAGUUCCGCAAUGCGGCAAAAGAGACCUUGGCCAAAGCUGUGCUGGCAGAACUGCCCCAACAAGUCGUGCAGUAUUUCAAGCAUAAAAACCUGCCCCCCACCCACUCGGAGCCCGCCUGAGCACCAGCCCAGGCCCAGCAGCAGCAUGCCGGCUGGGCCUCCCGCCCUCCCAGGAACGUGCACGCCCACCCUGCUUCCUGGUUGGGGGGCCUUGUUUUUAACCCAUCCACGUUUUUAUUUUUUACAACCAGACCUCCACCCUCCCAGCCCAGCUGGGCUUCCUUUGUUGGAGUCAACAGAUGAUGCUUCCAGGCCAAACUGGCUUCCUCCCUCCCCUUAAGUAUUGAAUGUACUUUGUAUAAUUUUAGUGAAAUUAUUGUUAUUAAAGAGAAAAUUUUUACAAUCCUAACUGGCUUUUUCCAAGUAACUAGCUGCAGACCCUGAAAGGAGCGUGUCCCCAGUGCAUACUUUGUGUCAUUGCCUGCACCUACUUCCUGCUCUGUUUUUUUAUACUGUGACUGUGUUCUAUUUGUUAUACUCAGGGUAAUAAAAGCAGUUUCCAAUGUC